AUGUCACUAGCCGUAGCAGCGAACUCGAAGCUCUUCAGGGAAUACAUAGGAGCCGAGGGCGUCGGUAUCACAUUCUCUGAUGUACCAAUUGAUCCCGGAGUCGAGUUUCACUUCCUUCUUUCCUUUGGCAUUGACUACACAACAUCUUCCCGUCCUAAACCCACCAAUGGCAUCUUCAAUGCGUUCUGGGACACAGAUAAUCUCAGCCCUUCUCAUGUUUCAGCCAUUAAGGCCCGUCAUCGAAAUGUUAAAGUAGGUCUGAGUCUUGGAGGAGAUACCGUAGCUGGUGUUUCUGCAAACUUCACUCCUAUAUCAAUCAACUCUUGGGUCAGAAAUGCCAUCUCUUCCAUAGUAAAGAUCACAAAAGAAUACAAGUUGGAUGGAAUCGAUAUCGACUACGAACAUUUCAACACAGAUCCUAACACCUUUGCUGAAUGCAUUGGGCGACUAUUUUUCUACCUGAAACAAAACAAAGUUGUGUCCUUCACAUCAAUAGCACCAUAUGACGAUGAUGCUGUGCAACCAUAUUACUUAGCAUUGUGGAGAAAGUAUGGGCAUCUCAUUGACUAUGUUAACUUUCAGUUCUAUGCCUAUGAUAAGGGCACAACUGUUACUCAGUUCAUGAAAUAUUUUGGGACUCAGAGCUCAAAUUACAAAGGGGGCAAGGUCCUAGUGAGCUUUGGAACAGACCAAAGUGGGGGUUUGUCACCUGAACAUGGGUUCUUUGACGCUUGUGCUACGCUUAAAAGUCAGGGCAAGCUUAAUGGUAUUUUUAUUUGGUCUGCAGACGACUCCAUGAAGGCUCACUUUCGUUAUGAGAAGCGAUCACAAAGCUUACUUGCUAGCUAG